CCAGAAGAAGCUGAAAGGACUGGUCUGAAAAGCAGCACACACACUGUUUAACAAAGCACAGUAGGUUUGGGAAAUUUCAGGACCAACAGCAUACACGGUUGCACUUGAGAGAGAUGAUGGAUUGGGAGAGAAGGAUGUUGAUGCCUUUUAAACUCCUGUUUUUCUGGAUCUUCUGGGUUUUGAAAGGCACACAAUGUGAAAUUCCCAGUGUGAUGUUGACAUGUGGGUUCUCUCAGGACUGCGUCUUGCCCUGCAGAUUCCGCCCUGCUGGAGACGAAGUCAUUCACUGGAAGAAGGACAGUCUUCAUGUGCACAGCUAUUACCACCAGGCUGACCAGCUGAGUAACCAGGACCUGCAGUACAAUGGCAGAACAGCGCUGUUCAAGGACCAGCUCCUGACACUGGGCAACGCCUCUCUUCUGCUCAGACACAUAAAGGUUCAAGAUAAAGGCCGAUAUCAGUGUUCCAUCAGCACUCAGAUGGGGAGCAAUGAAAGCUCUGUGAUUGUGAAAGUAGAAGCUCCUGUAAGAUCCCUGGACAUAGAGUUCACGAGUAUGAGCGGCUUUGAGGAAGUCAUAUGUUCCUCCAGGGGCAUUUACCCUGCUCCCCACAUCAGGUGGUUUACAGAGCCUGCGCUGUUGGAGCCCUUAAAACCUACAACCAGAAAGACACCCGACGGCCAGGGGCUGUACAGUGUGGACAGCAGGCUAAAGAAACUAAAUAUAUUUUCAAACUACAUUUACAUUUGUGCCGUGAACUCAUUAGAUGGAAAACAGAACUGGACUGCGUCCCUAAAAGAACAAGCAAUUGCUGGCCCUGAAGGACAGGAACUGGCGAUUCCCUGUGUCACUCCCAGUAAAAACCUGAAGAACUUCAUCCUGAAGUGGAGCUUCAGAUCCAGAGAGAAAAGUUCUGACAUCCUGUCCUAUGACAGCAGGAGUGACACUGUCUUAAAGCAGUGGCAAGACGCCCAAGUGACCAAAGACAGUCUGCUCUCUGGAGACGGCACCCUGCUGCUUCUGAACCCCAAGAGCACAGCCCACACGGGCACCUACACCUGCCGAUAUUCUGUGUUUGAGACCGUGCUCGUCAUUCACACCGCCGUGAAUAUCACCAUGCCUGCAGGUAUAAUAGGGAGGACUGAGAAGGAAUCUAACACUGGGGUCAUUAUUGGCGUUGCUAUUUCAUCACUUAUAGUAGGAGCAUUAAUUACUGCCAUAGUAGCAGUAAUAAUAUACAGAAAAAGGAACAAAGGUAAGCCAACAUCACCCAAGAAUAAGCAAGGUGGGAAAGAUGAAGAACCUGCAGGUGAAAGUCUCCAGCUAAACCGCCUAGAGGAAUGACAUGGAAGACUGGAUUUUCUCUUACCUGCUGAGAAGUCACACAGAUUGAUCACCCGGCUCUGGACCUUUGCCUGCACUGGACUUCCCUUUGGACUCCCUUUUGGACUGUUCACCUGGACCUCCCCACCCCCAGUUCCUCUACCAGCCCAGUUCCUCGUCUCCUCCCAGUGUGUGUUCACUCCCUUCCGGAUUGUGUCCUCUGCAUAGGGUCCUGAAAGAACAUUUCGUAAAAGACACAGGCGAUGGGGCGCCAGUCACCCAAGAUUCACGUAUGAGUGAGGACUUCAGGGGAUGCCCGAAAACUCCUGAAAGUUUCAGUUCAGCAGUCACCGAGUCCUCCCAGAAGGAGUUGCUCAGCUACUGCUGGUCGAAUGCAAACUUCCUUUGCCAAGUUCUUUGCGACUCAACCCAAACAUCCAUUCUGACAACCAAGAGCCGUCUGGGAAGACUGGCAUGGAGCAGCCAGAGGUUCUGGAUUCUGGUCUGCACUGGCCUUGAGCCGAAACCUAGGAAGACAGCUGUAGAUUCCACAGCUUGCAGGAUUCUUACUGUUUCCUAUUUCAUGUUGCACUUUAUAUUGGAAUAACUUAUGCCUGCGGGUCCUGUAUAAGGAAGCAUCAAUAGGACAUUCGGGCUGUUGAAUGCAAUCAUGGCUCAGGCUGGACGAGUCCUUCAAUCUGCAGGUAAAAAACACUGGGAGAGCACCCUGCCUGCAUGAUUCAGCCGAGAAUAUUUCUGUUGCAUGUGGGGCCCUGAAAUGAUUGGUCAAUGUGCGGGGGAGCUGGAGAGAAGGACAGAGACAGAGGGGCUGAGAGCAACAGUCAGACGUCACGUGAAAGGGACCGAGAGCUGGGCUCUCGGCUGGGACUGUGAGACCAGACGUGCUCUCUGGCGUCUGAGGGCACGUCUGGUCUCUUCCCUGACACAAGGCAGGAUGAGAUCAGCCCUUCCUUCCUGCUGCUAGAACACACUAGGUCUCAGCAAGGCGCUGUGUUUUGCUUGACCUACUUACUGGCAUCACAAUCGUGUUUUUCACAUUUAAAAAAAAUGGAUUAUUACUUUGUCUCUUGUGUUCUACAAUGUUCCUUCCCUACAAUAUCAUCUCAAGUUUGUCUCAAAGAAUGUGUGGUAUAGGCGGUACGCGUUUGAAUUUACCUGUUAAAUUAAAGUGGGUAGUAGGAUAAAAGUUAAAUCACUUCUUGAAUGAUACAAAAAAAACCACAUUUGAUCCCCACCUCUUCAAUGUGCCUGACAAUUUAUUCAUGACUGGCACAGCACAUAAUUCAUUGUGCUGUAUGUCAGUGCAAUUAUUGACUCAAUAAAUAACAGCAUCAAUUUGUCACCAUUAACUUGGUCAGGAAACGAGGAUGGGAGAUGGACACUGAUGAGCAGUGUUAAUACUUACAUGCAAUGGGUAUGGAAGCAGCAGCAUUCAGUUCGAGAUGCACAGAGAGACAAGCUGAAGACUGGCUUCACAGUGCCUGACUCAUGCUAGUCCCGGAUUCCCUUACCUGAAUUGGGAUCAAGCAGUGCAAGGUUAGUGGAUCUGUAAAACUACUGGCUGAAGUAUGAAGUACAGAGUGUUUUCCCCUAACUGGGACAUUGACUUCAAUGUGCUCAGCUGCUCAACUGUCUUAAACUCAAAGAGCACUGAAGGAGAAAAUGAAUGGCUGCUACCCAUAUAGGACACUUUAUUGCUAAAAUCUGCAGUUUAUAGAAUAUCUGCCUCA